AUGGGGCCUCCUUCCCACGCAAGCCGAGCUGUCAGCAGUGCACUUGUUCAUCUUGACAGAGGAGACGCCGCCGCUGAGUUUCAAGCAUUUGAAAGGACCAUGGAGAAGGAGCAGCCCGCAGGAGGGCCUCAUUUUGUGGGGAAGAAGGAUGAACUGAUUGAAGCGAAGCGCUCUUUCAGAACACUCGGUGAUCGGGAUGUACUGAUCAUCCACCACCAGGGAGUCUUGUAUGCUAUGGACUCAUACUGUUACCAUGCUGGGGGGAAACUGCAGAAUGGAGACAUUGAGGAAAUCGAUGGCAAGAUGUGCAUAAUUUGUCCAAAACACAAGUACAAGAUCUCUCUUGCCAAAGGGGAAGGCAUAUACAAGGGCACCGACCCCAGGGAAAGGCCGCCGGUGCCCAGAUGGUACUCCAAGGGUGUGAAGCAGCGGGUCCACACGGUCACCGAGACAAACGGGGAUGUCUACGUCGAGCUCUCUAUGAACACGAGCUGGAUCGAGUCAGACUACUACCAGGGAGAGAAGGGCAAGAUAGAGAGGGCCAAAGCUGAGGCAGCUGAGAAGGAAACUUCCUGAUAGUCAGAUGGAUGAGGAUGGGCCCCUGACCUGACCUCCUCUAAAGGACUGCAUGAUGACUGUACAGAGAGCAGGGCAGACAAGCAGUUUGUGCUCUACCUCAAGUAAUCAGUGGGGCUUGUGUGGCCUUAAUAAUUUUGGGAGUGUUUAGAAUUUUAAAUUUCUUUUUUUGGGGGCUUGCCAGUUAUGAUAUUAAAAUGUUUUACUAUAAAAAUCAGGUCACAUAUUGCUUUGCGGACAUAUGCAUCUCAAAACCCAGCAUGUAUUUAACUGAAUAAACUGUUUUUAAUG